AUGCUCGACGAUAUGAAUCCAGAUCUGCCAUCAAUUGGCGAACGCAGAGGUCAUCAACUUGCCCCCUUGCAAACCAAUUUUAGUCGACCAGCUGCUCAAAAACGGUUCCAACGCCCUCGGCCAACCGACUACCCCAGUACCAAUGGAUCAGAAGGUCCCAUUCCGCUCCAGGGCCAGGGCCCCGUGAAACGGCAAUCCUCCAAAACGAGUCUGCGCAAUCUAUUUGGUCAUAAAUCUUCGCGUGCCGAACCAAAAUUAGAGGAGAUUAUAGAGACACAGCCAGAACCCCAAACAGCCAUUCUGUGGGAAACCUCCAUGUCGCCCUCUGUAACGAGCCCCCACACUAUAGACACCAACCCCACCAUGACCUCCCCGACAGCAUCAUCGCGCGCAAACGUGAAGACCCCUCGUCCGAAACCCGAGCCCAAACAUGCAAACCAGGAACAGUAUGGCUGGAAGCCUCCCCCGUUGUUCCAGGCCUAUCCACAAUCCACCAAGCAUGACUGCCUCCCGGCACCUGCUAUCUCUGCAGAUUACAUUUUGCGCCUGCACGCCACGACCGCGAGGAGCUCUACCGACGAGAACCCUGUCAAUCCAUCAGAGCAGGACGAGGCCGCCGAUGCUGCUCGUAAAAAGCGGGAACAAAAACACAGGAAGCAUCUCCGGACGCUAUCUGGCACCAUCAACAAGGUAGAAUGGACUCAGAAAAUUUACGUCCUGGCAACUACUGGUUACAUCCUCCAAUAUGCAGGUGAAGGGAAGCACGACCGUCUUCCGGAGAGGAUGCUGCUCCUAGGACCCAACUCUGUCGCAUUCGCUAGUGACGCUAUCCCCGGGAAACAUUGGGUAGUCCAGGUCUCUCACAAUCCGACAGCUGAUAAUUCCGCCAUACCGGAGGCCCCCAAGCCUCGAUUCGCACGCUUCGGCUUCCACAAAUCUAAUGCCCGGCGGUUUUCGCGCAACUUUCUUCUGGUGUUCGACAACCCCGAUGCUAUGAUCGGCUGGUUGGCCGCCAUUAGAGCUGAGAUCGAAAAACGGGGAGGACGCAAAUUCACGGAAGAGAAGCACUCGGAUGAAGACACGAUGCCUCAGUUGCGAACCAAAUCGAGCGUUCGACAAAUGGUGAAGAAAGAUCCAAAUCGCAUUUCCAGUCUUUUCCUUCAACCCCAGGCUCUCCAAUCUCCCACCGAGGAAGAUAGUCAGUCUGUUGGUGCUACAAAAUGGCCAUCUCGCCGCAGUUCAUAUGUGUCGAUUAACCGCCGCUCAAUAAUUGAAUCUCGAUCUGGAUCCGUGUCAACUGGCCGAACCGACACCACAAACCACACCACUGGCUCUGCUUCUAUCGGGUCUGACAUUCAUUCCUCAUCACUGACUUCUUCCAAUGUACCCAACUCGCCGCCAAUUGGCACUGGCGCUUUCGGGGCUGACGAGUCUCUGCCAGAAGAGCUUGACCGGAUCUACACGCGCAGCCCGCCUCCUUCUAAUCAUGGAAAACGCCAAUCCUCAUUUAUGCAUCUGCCACAUCAGCCUCCCCCCAUUACCGACUUCACAGAGGAGCCACAAGCGAACCACCCACCUAUUCCCGAAACUCUCCUCCGCUGUGCUUCGCCUCCAGCGCCCAAUUUCAGUGUCCCCUCAUUUAGCAAGAAAUUCGUUCCGAGACCUGGGCCAAUCCCCGUCUCUCAUUCCUCUCCUCCUUCGUCACUUAAUGGUUUUGCACGCCGCACCGAGAUUGACCCAAAUAUCUCCGCCCUUGCAUCUCCUCCACUAUCUCCCACAUACAGCAUGGCCAGCUCGCGCUACACAGAUUCGUCAGAGCCCAUGCGCAUACUACGACCCUCGAAUUCAGAGGAUGCACUGACUAAAGCCGUCCGUUCAGCACAGAAUGCUCAAAACUUCUCCCGGGUGCCCCAAACAGCGCCCCCUACAGGCCCUCUACCUGAUCCCAUGGCAUCUUCCCGUCCACUCAGCCUCAUCAGCCGCCCUAGCACCGGUCGUAAAAGCGUCAAUGCGACCCAGGUCCAACCUGUUCCUCCACCGGCAGAGCCAAUACCGCGCAAGAGAGUCUCCACUGUGAACCCUGACAAUCAAGCUCCUUUGAGCAUGUCGCGCCGCAAGAGCAUGCCCGGCCUUGGGCUAACAAUCGGGCCUCCAUCUGCACCACCCCCGAACUGCCCACUUCCUAAGCUCCCCUCGCUCACGCCUCCCACUCCCACUGCCACUACCCCUGCUACUUCCACCGGCACUACCACACCACAAAUGCUAUCCCCUUGGUCUGCAACGUCUUCAACGCAACGAUUCUAUGGAUCCGAGCCAGUCCGGGAUCACGUCGAAGAUCGGAAGAGCGGUGCCGAUGCCGCAAGCAUUGAGCUAGCAAGCAAUAUCUUACGGACUAAUCGACAUUCAAAACUGAUCAAGAGUCCUAUGGUCUAA